AUGGCCAGAAGAGACUCUAUCCCACUCUACAAAAUCAUCGUUCUUGGAGACGGUGGUGUCGGAAAAACCGCUCUCACUAUCCAACUCUGCAUGAACCACUUUGUUGAGACUUAUGACCCUACCAUUGAAGACUCAUACCGCAAACAAGUUGUCAUUGAUGAUGACCCAGCUACCCUUGAAGUCCUCGAUACUGCUGGACAAGAAGAAUAUACAGCUCUCCGUGACCAAUGGAUUCGUGAAGGUGAAGGUUUUAUUCUGGUGUACUCUAUAACCUCCAGAUCUUCCUUUACUCGCAUCAAAACCUUUUUUAAUCAAAUCCAACGUGUCAAAGAAGAUGCUGAACCAUACUCUGUUGUCAUUGUUGGCAACAAAUCUGAUCGAAACGAUGAGCGUGAAGUUUCUACACAAGAAGGUGAAGUUCUUGCAAAGGAACUUGGUGAUAUCCCCUUCUUUGAGUCUUCUGCAAAGUAUAAUAUAAACACAGAAACUGCCUUUUUGACAUGUGCAAAGCUUUGUAAACAACUUCGUGGAGGCCCCUCUAUUGCCCCACCACCUGCUUCUACUCCUGGUUCUGGUUCUGGCUCUAUCUCUGCAUCAGCACAAGCUCAACAACAAGCCCAAGUUACCAUACAAUCUUCAUCAGGUCACCAUAACCAUGGACCACCACUCUCUCCAGCAACAGAUCAUCAAUCAAGCAUACAACAACAACAACAACAACAACACAUUCCAAGCACCCGCCGUUCUUCACGCAAUUACAUUCCACCAAGCAGCAAUAUUAAUAACAAUACAGCAACAAGUUCUUCAAGUGGCGCUGUUGGGGGUGGAACAACAUCUAGUAGCCACCAUGGCGGUACCUCUUCCAGUUCAGGAGGUGGUAAACACAAGAAGGAUAAGAAGUGUGUUAUUAUGUAG